AACAUUGACCUUUGUAAUACCAUGCAGCUCGUAUGCGUACUUUCGUUUUCAGUUUUAUCAACAUUUUAAUACACACGCCAUUUUGUGAAAUAAAAGGAUGGACUCGGAGUUCCCUGGAGUGGUGGACCUAAAUGUGUCGGGCACGCAUUAUCGUACGUUGUUGUCAACCUUGACAAAAGACGAGGACAGUUCGUUGGCGGCUAUGUUCACCGGACGACAUCCUGUAUAUAAGGACAAAGAUGACCGAUAUUUCAUAGAAGCUAACGGAAUCACCUUCAAAGCAAUUUUGGAUUUCUUGCUAUACGAUGAGCUACCGUUUCAAGAAACAAGUAAAACUGCUCAUGGGCAUUUUGGCGGUGGAUUCGGCUUCGGUGGUGCCCACAGACGUCCUGGCUUAUUUGGUAGUAGUAUAGCUCAAUAUUCAGCCACAGAGAUCGAGUUGCUGUAUAGAGAUUCAAAAAAUCUCGGUCUGAAAAGUCUUACCCGAGCGUUAGAGCAGUUUCAGCCAAAUGUCGUCAAUAAUAAAAUGGACAUAUACCGGAAGUCGAUCCGAGGUUAUGAUAAUGCAAUGGCUGCCAUACUGGAUGUAAUUCCUGCUGAGUCAUUGUUCCAUAAAACGGAAUUUACUCUGAGAAUUAAACAAGAUUUGCAGACCACAGAUGAGGAAAAAUGUUGUGAGCACGAAUGUAAAAUAAUACCCUGCAAUUCUUUUCAGCAUCCGUAUUACUUUUCAAUAGACGCUAUAGUAAAAGUUCCUUUCGAAGUUAACCCAACUGUCCUUUCAGCUCUUACUAUUGACCUUCAAAAACGAGGAUAUAUUGUUCAAGGUCAAAUGACAAUUUGUGGAUUUGAAUGUAAAAAAGAAGUAAAGCAGUCCAAGUAUAUCGUGUUUGGUGGGCAGAGAAAGAAUUGCUGUGCAGAGGAGCUGUUUCUGUUGAGUUUCAAGUGGGACACAGAAGCUGAUGUGGUGACACAUCCGGGUCUUUUCGGGACAAAACAUACGAAAGGCGGUCAGCAAGGGCAAGGCAAUCUGUUCGGCCAACAACAAAAUACAGGGUUUUCAUUUGGGGCCGCACCACAGAAUCAAACAGGACCCGGGCUUUUCGGUGGAAGUCAGCAAGGAAAUGUUGGACAGAAUCAGGCAUUUGGGUUUGGUGCUACGCAACAGCCGGGAAGCAAUGUUCAGGGUAGCGCAUUUCCCUUUGUACAACAAGGAACAGGAUUUGCUUCUACGCAACAGCAAGCUCCUUUGACGAAGGGAGGUAGUAUUGACUUUGGUGGAGGGCAAAUGGGAAGUGGAUUUGAUGCUGGGCAGCAGUCGGGACCUUUCGCUCAGGGGAAUAGUUUUGGCACAAAUACAGGACAACAGCCGCAGUCAGUUUUUGGUCAACCACCCCAGCAGAAUGAUACGUCAUGGGGAUCGUCACAAAUUCAAAAACAACAAGGUUCAAGUCUAUUUGGCUCGUCAGCAUUCAAACAGCAAAGUGUGACAUCGAAUCAAAAUGUAUUUUGUGCAUACCCGACCAUUUUCAGUGGUAAACCAAAUAAGUCAUUUGGCCAGGCGCAGAACGUGCAACAGAAAGGAGGUACAGGGGUGUUUUCAUUCAGUUCUCCACAGAAACAACAGACCGCUUCCUUCGCAGCAAAAGCUUCGGAGUUCCAGCAAAGCUCUCAGUCAUUGUUUGGCUCACCACCUAACAAAGCGCAACAUGUAUUUGGUGGAAAACCAACAUUUGAAAGCAAAUUCGGUACUCUAAAUCUACCGCAAACCACGGUUACUGUGAAGCCUGAUCAAAGUAGCGGUACAGAAAGUUCAGCAGACGACAAAAAUAAAAUGAUGUUCGGAAAGCCAGUUGCUACGGCAGGUGUAUUUAAAACAGAAGACAACAAAGAGCCUUCAGAAGCCGUAAAACAGGAACAAGUUUAAAAAAGGGACUGUGCUAAUUUAUCCAUAAUUCACCGCAAGUUAUUUUGGUCUAAAGAUAUAUGAACCGUAACAACGGCCGUCUGGUGGGAAGCGUGUUUUUUUUUCCUGAAAGAAGUUUGUUAAACAUGACUGAUAAUUUCUUACCUUCGCGCGGGUCUGAAAGCUGGUCUACGUUUUACGUAUCGAGAGAGUUUCAUAUACUUACCUGUUUGUUCCAUAGAGUAAUGAGAGAUAUCAAUGUUUUGUGAAGGUUUUUAGAUAGUUCUUGCAUGCAAAGGUGUUACAUAAUGAUACACAAUUAUCGUCUGUAUUGGGACCAUGCCACUGUGAAUAAAGACCAUAUAUACAUUACGUUUUGCUCACGAAGGAAUAGUUUAAAUUAUCUUUCUGUUAAUGUUGUUCACUUUAUAGAUGUCAUACAUUUUCACGACAAUGACAGUAUGUUUUGUAUGUAAAUAAUUGAUACAACUGUUAUGUUUUUAAAAUUACGUGUAAUCUCCUCCGUUUUUUUAGCUCACCUGUCACAAAGUGACAAGGUGAGCUUUUGUGAUCGCGCAGCGUCCGUCGUCCGUCCGUCCGUCCGUGCGUGCGUGCGUCCGUCCGUCCGUAAACUUUUGCUUGUGACCACUCUAGGUCACAUUUUUCAUGGGGUCUUUAUGAAAAUUGGUCAGAAUGUUCAUCUUUAUGAUAUCUAGGUCAAGUUCGAAACUGGGUCACGUGUGGUCAAGAUCUAAAAAUAGAAAAACCUUGUGACCUCUGUAGAGAUCUUAAUGAAAAUUGGUCAGAAUGUUCACCUUGAUGAUAUCUAGGUGAAAUUCGAAACUGGGUCAUGUGCCAUCAAUAACUAGGUCAGUAGGUCAAAUAAUAAAAAAUCUUGUGACCUCUCUAGAGGCCAUAUUUUUCAAUGGAUCUUCAUGAAAAUUGGUCAGAAUUUUUAUCUUGAUGAUUUCUAGGUCAAGUUCAAAACUGGGUCACAUGAGCUCAAAAACUAGGUCACUAUGUCAAAUAAUAGAAAAAACUACGUCAUACUCAGUUCAAAACUGGGUCAUGUGGGGACAGGUGAGCGAUUCAGGACCAUCAUGGUCCUCUUGUUUUAAAUAUCAAGGGAUGUGCAUCUUGUAGAAUGAUUUGCUAAAUGAUUGAAAUAUCACUGGUUAUCAUAUAGUAUAGACUUAUUGAAUACUUUUCCUGUCAAUAGUCAAAAUUAUUUACCCGAGGCGCAAACGACCGAGGGUGGAUUAAAUUUUUUAUUAUUGACCAUCAAGCCAUUCGGCUAUGACAUCAGAAAUCGAACUCUCAAGUUUUUACUUUAUCCAGGCAAAUAGAACUAUAGCAAGAAGUAUUGUCAAGCUAUUGAUAUAAAGAGUUUUGUUAUUAUGUAAUAAUCGUUUGUAUUUUCUUUUGAGGUUUAAAGCCUAAUAUAUUGCUACCAGUCGUUUUGAACAAAUUGCUUUUUAUAUUAUAAAUAAAAUUAAAGUAUUA